GUAAGAAGAUAUACUGGAGUGAAACCCUAUGAGUGUAAUAUAUGUGGUAAAGCCUGUGCAAGACCCAGUAAUCUCCAAAGACAUAAAAUGACACAUACUGGAGAGAAACCUUAUGAAUGUAAUCAAUGUGCUAAAGCCUUUACAAGAUCCAGUCAUCUCCAAAGACAUAAAAUGACACAUACUGGAGAGAAACCUUAUGAAUGCAAUCAAUGUGGUAAAGCCUUUGCACAGCGCAGUAAUUUUCAAUAUCAUAAAAGAACACAUACUGGAGAGAAUCCUUAUGUAUGCAAUCAAUGUGGGAAAGCCUUUGCAUGUCACAAUACAUUCCAAUAUCGUAAAGUAACACAUACUGGAGAGAAACCAUAUGACUGUAAUCAAUGUGUUAAAGCCUUUACAUAUCACAGUGGUCUCCAAAGACAUAAAAGAACACAUACUGGAGAGAAACCUCAUGAGUGCAAUAAUUGUGGUAAAGCCUUUGCACAGCACAGGUAUCUCCAAAUUCAUAAAAGAACACAUACUGGAGAGAAACCUUAUGAAUGUAAUCAAUGUGGUAAAGCCUUUGCAGCACCCAGUCAUCUCCAAAGACAUAAAAAAACACAUACUGGAGAGAAACCUUAUGAAUGUAAUCAGUGUGGUAAAGCCUUUGCAUGUCACAGUGAUCUCCAAAAACAUAAAAGAACACAUAAUGGAGAGAAACCUUAUGAGUGCCAUCAAUGUGGUAAAGCCUUUGCACAGCGCAGUCAUCUCCAAAGACAUAAAAGUACACAUACUGGAGAGAAACCUUAUGAAUGUAAUCACUGUCGUAAAAAUGAAGCCUUCCUUAUUGUUAAUGUUGGAUGA